GCUACGCUAAUUGGCGGACCAGAUCGGCAGUCCGAGAGCGGAUACACGCUUCCGUCUUCUCCCCGCCUGGCAGACCCUGGUUAGUUCGCUCGGUAGGUUCCACGCACGGCGCAGGUUUAGAAGGAGGCACCAUGGCGAUGUCCCCACCGCGACAGGUCACCCACCUCAUCUUUGACAUGGACGGACUACUUCUGGACACAGAGAGGCUGUACUCGGUGGUGUUUCAGGAGCUGUGCGGUCGCUACAAGAAGACGUACAGCUGGGAGGUCAAGUCCCUGGUGAUGGGGAAGAAGGCUCCAGAAGCCGCGCAGAUCAUCAUCGACGUCCUGCAGCUGCCCAUGUCCAAGGAGGAGCUGGUGGAGGAGAGCCAGGCAAAGCUGGCAGACCUUUUCCCCACAGCCGCCCUCAUGCCAGGUGCUGAGAAACUGAUCCGGCACCUCCAAAAGCACAGCAUCCCCUUCGCCCUGGCCACCAGCUCAGGCUCCGUGACCUUCGAAAUGAAGACCAGCAGGCACAAGGAGUUCUUCGGGUUGUUCAACCACAUUGUGCUAGGAGAUGAUCCUGAGGUCAACAGCGGGAAGCCAUCCCCGGACAUAUUCCUCUCCUGUGCACGGAGGUUCAAUCCUGCUCCUGCCCCAGACAUGUGCCUCGUCUUUGAAGAUGCUCCCAAUGGAGUGGAGGCAGCUCUGGCAGCUGGGAUGCAGGUUGUCAUGGUUCCCGAUGAAAAUCUGAGUCGAGACUUAACAAGAAAGGCCACAGUGGUGCUGAGUUCCCUGGAGGACUUCCAGCCUGAGCUUUUUGGUCUGCCUGCCUAUGAGUGACAGGUGGCAGCCUUGGUGCUGCCAUGGGCCUUGUGGCAUCCUGGGGGAUGGGGCACAUGGCAUACUGGGGAAGCUACAUGGCACCCUUGGGGGCCACAUAGCUCCUGGGGGAAACAUGGCAUCCUGGGGGGCCACAUUCAGGGUCCAUGCCAUUAAGGAGAAAGGGGAAGACAAAGCAUAGCACCAGAUUGAGCCUGCUUAUACACUGUAGCCUGUGAACAUGGCCAUCCCCAUCUGUGUGGGCUUGGCCAUCUCUCUGGAUUGUGGUUGGGUCAGUAGAUAGCAAACAGAGAUGGCCCAGAACACAGCUUGAGUACAGUCAUGUAAUAAAGUGAUGUGGUUUAUGAAGAAAAUGAACAUGCACACACACACAGCAUUGUGUGACUACACAUGUGCCAAUAUAUAUCCAUACAUAUAUAUAUUAAGUAUAUAUGUAAAUGCAUAAUGUUCCAGAGUAAAAUCAUAUUUAUGUUGGUUUCCUUGUAAUCUUUGUGAAUAAUGGCAUUUGGGAAUGUAAACUCCAUACACAUAUAUGUAUAUGUGUAUGCCAUUAUAGAUGUAUACAUGUAUGUGUAGAUUGUGUGUGUAUGUAAUAGGUCAUGUAUAUGAUAGACCACUCCACUGCCUUCAGGGUAGACAUUAAUGUUGCAAUACCAACUGAUAAGUAAGUCUCCUCUCUCCUCCUUCUGACCUUAAUGGCAGAUCAGCCUUGUGAUAGAUGAGCAUCAAGAAAUAUCCUUUCACUCCAGCCUCACUAUCAUCACAGACACCUCCCUGGCCUUGGACUGAGAAGUCUAAACGUCCUCCAUUUCACAAGCUGGGUCUAAGUUUCCGUUUUUUAAACAAAGGGCUAUUAAUCAAAAGGCCCCUGACAGCAGAGACGAGGGAGAGCACAAACAAGGUCUGGGUCAGCCUCUCAGUGUCUCAAAGACAGUUCCUGCAACCCCUUGAAACUUACCCAAGUGUGUCCAAAGAGAAAAACUCGGCCAGUUAAAAGUACACUACUGUAACUGCUGCUUGCUUAGCCAAUUACGUUUGAGAUGACCUAACCAUCCCUGAAAUUCCCCUAGCUGUGCUUAAAGGACCCUGAACGUUCCUCUUGUGGUCAUCGCCAUUUUGUACAGAUGAACGACCCCGCGUAUGCUAGUAUAGUAAUAAACACUCUUUGUUCAUGCAUA